GGUUGUGGUUAACCACUCACAAUCCUGCUGCAUCUCUGUACUGUCGGGAACUGUACAGGAGAGGAGAAACAUUCCCGAUGGAGUGGAGUACACUUCCAAACAGUAUUCUGUGAGUGCAGUAAUUUUGGACUGGAUUGAAAUCUUCUAAACAUACUAAUUCUCAUUGAAAUUAUAAUAGAUCCACGGAUUAAUCUACGGUAAGCAUCAUCCUUUCUGGAAAGACAGUAUUUGCGCAGUAUGCUGCGAUGGAAUAUACUGAGGCGGAAGGGGAUUGCUGGGAUUUCCAUAAGUUUGACUUGUGGUAGAUAACUUGGAUUUUGAAUCGCGCGUCUUCGGCUCUGUUUGUGACUUGACGUAUGAUUUUAGGAUGUCAAAUGGAUUCUUUCUGUUCAAGUGGAUGUUUACGAUGAGAAUUUUGUUUUGAGGGGAAUUAAAAGAUAUGGUCAGUGGUCAGUCAGGAGAGACUGAAGAUUUCCCGCGCCUGCUCUGCGGUGGAGGACUACAGGCGGGCGCUCGUGGAAGAACCGAACCAUCUGAAGAGAGCGCGUACCAUGCCGUCUCGGGUCUCGAGCGGUAGAAAGCUGUAAAACCUGUGGCCAGGAGUUGACUGAGACGCGGUGAUGGGCUUUGCCAUGAGGCACCGCUGGUUCAUGGUGCCAUUGCUAAUGCAGGCAUGGCUCUCUGCCACCCCUUGCUUUGGUGAGCGUCCUUGCCCUCGGAGCUGUCGAUGCGAUGGCAAAAUUGUAUACUGUGAGUCUAGCGCAUUCCGUGAUGUUCCCAAGAACCUCUCAGGCGGCUGUCAGGGCCUGUCCCUGCGGUAUAACAGCUUAGCAAGCCUGAAGGCUGGCCAAUUUGUUGGCCUCAACCAGCUCAUUUGGCUGUACCUGGACCACAACUACAUUGCCAAUGUGGAUGCACGUGCUUUUCAAGGGAUACGGAGGCUCAAAGAGCUAAUACUGAGCUCCAACAAGAUCACACUGCUACAUAACACCACAUUUCACCUGGUACCAAACUUGAGGAACCUGGACCUUUCGUAUAACAAGCUACAAGCUCUGCAGCCAGGGCAGUUCCAGGGGCUGCGCAAGCUCCUCAGCUUGCAUAUGCGCUCCAACUCCCUUAAGAAUCUUCCCUCCCGCCUUUUCCAAGACUGCCGUAAUCUUGAAUUCCUUGACCUUGGCUACAACCGACUGCGCAGCAUCACUCGCAAUUCAAUGUCCGGCCUGAUGAAGCUAACUGAGCUGCAUAUUGAGCAUAACCAGUUCUCCAAAAUCAACUUUUUCAACUUCCCACGCUUCUAUAACUUACGCGCUCUUUACCUCCAGUGGAACCGUAUUAGGACCAUGAGUGAAGGCCUUACGUGGACCUGGACAUCACUGCAGAAGCUUGACCUUUCAGGAAAUGACCUUCAGGAGAUCGAUGCAGAGGUGUACCGGGCCAUGCCGAAUCUCCAGACGCUUAACCUGGAUUCAAACAAGCUUGUCAAUGUGUCUCAAGAAGCCGUGGAUGCCUGGACCUCUCUGACUGCAAUUAGUCUGGCAGGAAACAUGUGGGACUGUGGACCAGUUGUGUGUCCACUGGUGGCCUGGCUGAGAACCUUCCGUGGAAACAAAGAAAUUAAUAUGAUUUGUGCAUCACCCAAAGAAGUUCAAGGGGAGAAGGUUAUGGAUGCAGUUGAUGCCAAUGGAGUUUGCAGGGUUACCCCUGCUACGCCAUCAACCGUAAUUGCUCCCUCCACCCCUUUUGUCGCCUUUGCCCAGACCCCAGUCAGCUCUUUCAUCCCCACUCUCAAAUCUGGAGACAGCAGAAGGGGCCAGGGGACAUCUCUGGAAGCUACCACCUCUUCAGCACCUUCUCAGCCCGCUGUCCCACCGCCUGAGCAAGACUUUGAACCGGUAUCAUUCCACAAGAUAGUGGCAGGAAGUGUUGCCCUCUUCCUGUCAGUUGCUAUGAUCCUCCUGGUAAUCUAUGUCUCAUGGAAGCGCUAUCCAAGCAGUGUUAAGCAGCUACAGGAAAACUCGGCUGCUGCUCGCAAACGUCGGAAAAAGUCACGGGAGACAGAGCGCACACUCAGCACACCAUUGCAGGAGUACUAUGUGGACUACAAGCCUAAUAACACAGAGGGCACGGAUGUGCUGGUCAAUGGCACCGGACCAUGCACCUACACCAUCUCUGGCUCCAGAGAAUGCGAGGUCCCUCACCAGAUGAGCACUCUGACCUUCUACAGGUACGAGCAGCCCAUAGUGGACUACUGCCAGGCCCAUCAAACCCUGGAGGGGCUGGAGGAGCUUCCCCCCCGUGAGAGGAGCACCAUCCAGACUGUGGCCCUUCCGGCAGUGCCCACCAUCAACACGGGCACGGUGAGACCCUGCUCCCCGCCCAGCCAGAGAGCGCCCGUGGAGGGGCCCAGCAUCCCCUAUCCCACCACAGAACGCUCCAUUAACUAUCCAACAACAGAACGUUCCACCAGCACCCUCACUUUUAGACGCUAACGGCCCCCGCUCUCAAAGCAAGGCAUGAUGGGUAAUUUGAAAAAAGGGCGGUGAUCCACAUUCUGCCGGCAUCAACGCAGCGGUGCGUCCGAAAACUGUGCGUACCGCUGUGCGCUAACUGUUUCUCGUGAAUAUAGAGAAGUGAAAAACAUUCCCACGACGUCGCUGGAGGACACGAGGAUCUGGCAUACGGUACACUUCCAUUAUGGAGUGUAGUGUAUCCUGGAAAAUGGGAUUCCAUUCGUCUUUUUCCAUCUUUUCUUUGUUCCCAAUCACACGUUUUGUUGUCCCGUUCUGCUCAACGGCAAAUUGAAAUCCAAUGCAACAUGCAUGAGACGUUAAACGCGGCUUUGGUUUCAUUCAGCCCUCGCUCUGUAGCGACGCUACAGGACGCCUUCUCUGAGGAGUAGAUAAUGGUGAUUCUCCCAUGCUGAGUGAAGAAUGAAUAGGAAUGUGCUAUAAACAAGGUUUCUUUUUUGUGACGAGGGAGAGAGUGUGAGAACGAGAGAAUGAAAAGAAACAAAUUAAUGUUCACCAGAGCUCAAAGGCCUCUCGCUGUUAUUUUCAUUUAGUUGCCAGGGAGCACUCAUAAAUGCUGUCAUUAUUUGAUUAAAAAGACAGAUCUGUCCAGACAUGAGCAUGUCAGUGGAAGAUCUCUAGAGUAUUAAAAAAGGCAUUCAUUAAAAUCGAAAUGAAGUUUCACAGGGCAAGGUCUUUCGGCGUGCACAUGUACCAAAGAUCAAGCUUCUUUAGAUGUACAUAUAGCUUGUGUUUCUUUUCGAAAUGUAAUCAAACUAAUCGGUAUGUGUCUAACGCAUACUAUAAUGUGUGGGCCAAUGUGUGAGUUUACGAGUGAUUCUGCAAAAUUCAGCACUGAAAUGCAGAAUGAAAUACAUCAAAGCUACAUUAUAACUAGAUAGCGUAUGUGUGUGUGUUUGCUUGUGAGUGUGUGUGUGUUUUAAGUUUAAAAGCUGAAGUGUGUAAUUUCAUGCGUGCAGUAGUUUUUAAAAAGGUUUCCCUUGUCUGCCAUUGGUCAGGUACACAGAAAGCCACACCCCCAAACGUACACCAUUGGUUGAGCCAGUGUUGCUAUGUUGGCUUGUCAGUGUUUAAACAAUGUGUCACAAUGUUUACAUGUCAACCACUUGUUCAUACUAAAACCUACUUGUUUCUGUAUUUCACUAAAAGCCAAAAAAUUACACACUUCAGCUUCAAGAGGGAAGAAUCCUAAGCGGGCGGAGCAAACGUCCCACACUCGGUUAGCAUGUUGGAGUUACCAUACAGCGGUGGAAACAUUUUCUUCGCAAGUAUGCAACUGUUGUAACAAAUGUGUUAGUAUUGAGGUGACUAGCUAGAUGUCAACUUGCUCAGCAGUAUUUUUUUCAAACUGUUGCUACGCUAUGACAUUAACUGACCUGAAGGGAAAAACUGAGAACGCUAAAAUACUUGAGUUUUUGCCAGAUGACAAUGUGUGAAAUGGAGCUUGGCUGGAAGCGUUCGCAUUUACAUGCUUGCGUAGAACAUGUUUUUGGCCAAAACAACCCAUUUUCAAAAGGCUUUCCAAUUAUCUAAGCUUGAACCUCCAAUAAAAGCCUCCAGUUGUAUAUCGAACCAAUAUUUUCCUCAGCUGAGUUCAGAAAGAGGUGGUCAGUCACCUCAGGCCAUGGAGUGCUACAAAGAGAUUUUCUGACUUCAGAUGUCACUCAACAAAGUAGCUACAUGGAUGAAGUUGCUAUAAUUGGCUAUAACAGCAAGACGUAUAGGAGACCGGGGACAAUUGUAAUAGCAAUUUUCCUAUAUAAGUCAGACUACUGCAAAUCUACAUGGCAUGGUUUGAUUUGAGAAAUAAAUAUAUGUGCCAGCAGUAAUAGUGUCAUUGCAUUGAAUUUAAUAUAAGUAGUCAGAGUGUUACGAGUUUUAUUAUAACAGUGACUGGGGGCAAUCAUAGCACUUACAAAAAAAUGUUAAUCAGCCCAUCAUAUCUCCAAUAAGAGUGCACAUCAAAAGAAUAGCAUUAUUAAUUUAAUAUGUAGUACUUUUACUGGAUCAUUAUCACUUUUAGAUGAUAACACAUAUUUUAUCUGUCAUGAAACAACUCUCUUAAGUGGCAAGAUUCUUUAUAUUAACAACUGAGGUCAAAAGUUUACAUACACUUUGUAGAAUUAUUUUACCAAAAUAAGAGGGAUUAUACAAAAUGUAUGUUAUUUUUUAUUUAGCACUGACCUGAAUAAGAUAUUUCACAUAAAAUACGUUUACAUAUUGUCCACAUAAGAAAACAAUAGUUGAAAUUAUAAAAAUGACCGUGUCCUGAACAGUUAAACUGCCUGCUGUUCUUCAGAAAAAUCCUUCAGGUUCUUCAAAUUCUGUGGAUUUUCAGCAUUUUUGUGUAUUUGAACCCUUUCUCAAAUGAUUAUGAUUGUGAGAUCCAUCUUUUCACACUGAGGAGAACUGAGGGACUCAUAUGCAACUAUUACAGAAGGUUCAAACGCUCACUGAUGCUCCAGAAGGAAACAUGAUGCAUUAAGAGCCGGGGGGUGAAAACUUUUGAAUUUGAAGACCAGGGUAAAUGUAACUUAUUUUGUCUUCUGGAAACAGUAUCUUCUGUAACUUCUGAAAAUGUACACAUCUUCAUUCUGUUCAAAAGUUUUCACCCCCGGCUCUUAAUGCAUUGUGUUCCUUCUGAAGCAUCAGUGAGUGUUUGAACCUUCUGUAAUAAUCCUCAGUGUGAAAAGAUGGAUGUGUAAGGUGUAUGUAAAAUUUUGACCUCAACUGUAUUAUUAAAAUAAAAUAUUUUAUAUUAUAUAAUAAACUAAUUAAAAGACAAAAAUAAUAAUUUUUAUAUAUAUAUAUAUUAAAUUGAUUUAAUUUUAUUUAAUUAAUUUUACAUUUUGUAGUGAUUAAAAAAUAUUGACAAAUAAUAAACAUUCAUUUUUUAAUUUAUGUUUUUAUUCAAAGGUACAAUUUUAGACAAGAAGAAAAAAAAAUCUAUAUUAUUUCUCACAAAGUCAAACGAUCAUGCUUUUCCUCAGGCAGAAAGUGAUCUCUACUGAGCAUAUGCUGAAUAAGUGUUACAAUAGCCUCUGGUCUCCCAUACGCAUUCGAGGGACUGUUCUUUUUUUAGUUCGAGUUGAGAUUAAGGCAGACCAGAUGCUCCUUUGUGGUUUUUACAUUGAACGUUGGACUAUUAGUAGUCUAAUAGACUUCUGUAGUCAUCCAUUAGUCACAUUUUACUGAUUCUGCAUUACUCAGUUUGCUGUUUUACUCACUGUAGUUCAGCAGAGCAUUUCUUUGAAGAAACUCUCUGGCAUUACAAGCCAUUGUCCGGUCAUGUAGACGUUCAGUUUAGUUUUUCUUUCUUUCAACCCUCAAAGGACUUACAUGAGAAUAUGGAAUUAUUGCCUGUAAACACAGAUAUUUUUUCUUUUCUUUUUCACCCUGUGUGCCUGUGCGUUUGGACUUCACACAAUGAAUGUGGACACGGUACCUCACCAACGGUCAGUGUGGAUAUUGCGAAUUUCAACCUGUUCAAGGCCUCUGGGACCCGUCUCCUCAGGAGCCACGAUAACUGCUCCAGAACUCUACGCUGGCAUGUUUGUAACAGACACGUUGGAUGGAUAAAACACAAUGACGUCACAGGAAAUGUGCUGGCGAGGUAAGAAACGGAUUUCACACUGUCAUGUCUCAAUCUCUUCGAGAGAAGUGACGCUGUCAAGACGAUCAAAGACAUUUUGAAACGUGUCCUGACGGUUUCCGGCACCAGUUACCUUCGUAUGUUUAUCUUGUAAAUAGAGAGUAUAAAGAAACAUAUUGUUUUGCUUCUUUCAACACAAAUUUUGUGAACAAGACAGAAGCCUCAGCUGUUUAAACGCGCACCCUGAUCAAAGAACACGCUUCUAGAGAAACUGGAUAUGACCCCUUGUUUGAAAGAUUGAUAUUUUUCUAUCUGCUGUCUCAUUCGGUUCCUCAUCUCAUUAGCAUCAUAGAUUUUCAUUUUCUUGGUAUCACUUUACUGUUUGGGAAUCGAAAGAUUGAUAUCAAUGCUCAUUUAAUGUCAUAUAUACUUUGAUUCUGCUAUGUGCCCUAACCGUCGUGAUCCCCUCUCUCUCUUUUUCUCCUCGGUUUGUAUUUUCGAGACACCCAGGCAAAACAAUAUCUACUUGUUCAAUGAAAGUAGCUUGUACUUUGCUCCGAGGCUUCAUGCAUGAUGUAUCAAGUAUAGGCUUGAUGUUGUUAAGUAAAUGCUAAUAGGGUUACCUGCCCACCGCAUUUCAAUUCUGAGUAAGUCGCAAGAACUUUACAACCUCAUAAAAUGCUCCUUACAGCAAGGCAUUAGCUCAAUGGCAGCGUUGCAGAAAAUCCAUACUACUUUCUGUGUCCUGAAUUUGAAAAGGCAAAGUCAGACGGUUGUGCAGGGGAAUAUUUAAUCCUAAUUAUACUAAUUGAUAUAUAAUAGAUAUAAAUUAUAUAUAUAUAUAUAUACAUAUAUAUAUAUAUAUAUAUAUAUAAUGAAGUAAAUAUUAUAAAAUGUUUGGGAACUGCAAAAUUUCAUAAUUUUUCUGCUUUAAAACAAAGAAAAUGCAAAUGAAAGCAUCCGAUCCUAUCAGCUAUUUGGAUGAGUUACCUUGACUAGAUAAUCUGAGCUCUUAAACCGUCAUUCAAAGCAAUGGUUCUCCUCCUCCACAAAGUCGCCAAAUCAUGGCGCCUUAUGUAACUGUCUCUUCCCAUUAUUCUGACAAUUUGCUGCUUUACGGUCAUUUACGUAAGGCUGAGGACGCCCCUGCAUCUUCUUUUCGCUUGUCAUUCACAUCUUGCCAUUUACGUUUUUAACCCUCCUUUUGUCGUGUUCAUUUUUGGUAAAAACAAUACAUUAUAAAUAUGAAUGUUUGUGAUAUUUAAAUCCGGCAAAUGAUAAAAAUUAACUGCUUUUAUACAAAUAACUAUAUAAAAAAUAAAUAAAUAAACAUAACAAAAAUAGAUCAUCUAUUGUUAGAUUUAUAGAUUUAGAUUUUUCAGCAGCAGUAAUAAUAGUAAAUGUUUCUUAUGCAGCAAAUCAGCAUAUAGAUGAAGUCAAAAGUUUACAUACACCUUGCAGAAUCUGCAAAAUGUUAAUUAUUUUACAAAAAUAAGAGGGAUCAUACAAAAUGUCCACAAGAGAAAAUAAUAGUUGAAUUUAUAAAACGAUCCCGUUCAAAAGUUUACAUACGCUUGAUUCUUCAUACUGUGUUGUUACCUGAAUGAUCCACAGCUGUUUUUUUUCAGUGAUAGUUGUUCAUGAGUCCCUGUUUGUCCUGAACAGUUAAACUGAUCGCUGUUCUUGGGAAAAUCCUUCAGGUCCCACAAAUUCUUUGGUUUUUCAGCAUUGUUGUGUAUUUUAACCCUUUCCAACAAUGUAUGAUUUUGAGAUCCAUCUUUUCACACCGGGGACAAUUAAGGGACUCAUAUGCAACUAUUACAGAAGGUUCAAACACUCACUGACGCUCCAGAAGGAAAAACAAUGCAUUAAGAGCCGGGGGGUGAAAACUUAGGAUAAAUUUAACUUAUUUUGUCUUCCGGGGAGCAUGUGAGUAUCUUCUAUAGCUUCUGAAGGACAUUACUAAAUGAAAACAAAUAUGAUAUUUAGGCAAAAUAAGAAAAAUGUACACAUCUUUAUUAUGUUCAAAAGUUUUCACCCUGACUCUUAAUGCAUCAUGUGUCCUUCUGAAGCAUCAGUGAGUGUUUGAACCUUAUGUAAUAGUUGCAUAUAAGUCCCUCAGGUGUCCUCAGUGUGAAGAGACGGAUCUUAAAAUCAUACAGUCAUUGUUGGAAAGGGUUCAAAUACACAACAAGGCUGAAAAACCAAAGAAUCUGUGGAACCUGAAGGAUUUUUCUGAAGAACACACACAGCUGUGGAUCAUUCAGAUAAUAACACAAUAUUAAGAAACAGGUGUAUGUAAACUUUUGAACGAGGGUGAUUUUUAUAAAUUUAACUUU